UUUGUCAAAAUAACAAUAUCACUUCAUCAGGCAGUGUUUACUGUCCAGGAUGCGUUUAGUGGAAUAUACAGUACUUUGGACAUGGCAAGUUUUCAGGACAAUGGGCAUUUUUCUAUCCCUGCUGGAGGGGCUGCAGAGUUGAACAAGUUGGGAGAACUUUUCUGGCCAAAGUUUGAGUCCUUUCUGCGUGCAUGGAUGGAGGUUGAGUGGAAUCGAGGUGGAAAACAUGAUGAAAGGUCAGAUUGCGACUGGGCACUUUUUCUCGCUUGGGUUAGUCGUUAGCUAAUUCAAUUGUUGUCGUGUAAACAGUUUCACCUCGUCAUACGUUCUCACAAGUACUGCCAGCCACUUAAACUUAAUGGAGUUGUGGUAGCCUAAUUUUCGGUGGGCAAACGACCACGGAAGAAAGAGUGGCGUCAACAUUAUCAAUGACAUAGAAGUGGAGGGCAAAGAAAAGGAAUCUGCACAAUGGCAGAAAAGGAGACUCAUAGGAAAGUAUACCGAAGCGUCUCUUUCAAAAAGCUGGAAAGCUGGGGUGCUAAUAAAAUUCGAUCUGGACCCGGAGAUCAACCCCACAUAUCAAAAGAUUUAGAGAGCGGUGCCCUUCCCCCUACAACUCUGGAGACAGCAGCCGAAAAAGCGCAGCCCUCGGCGACGCGUACUAGUGUUACUGUGUCAAGAAAAGUUUCCAAAAUCUCAGCAGCCAGCCUCUCGACCGCAGAGUUAAAGAAAGGCACUCCUCAUUCGAUUUCACCCUCCAUUCGCCAGCUCUCAGAAAAGUUCAGCGCGAAAAGAGGGCUGACGCACGGCUCUGCUUUUGUCAGCACUGGGACUGUGAAAAGUACAACUUUGCCAAGGACUAAAUGCAAGGAAGAUGACUGCGCGCAUAAUUUUUUAUUGGAGGAAAGAGGGUUUUUACCGACAUCUACCAAGGAUUUAGAAGAACAAUUGUCUGAGAAAUCACUCGAAGAAAAGUAUUCAACACAAGAAUCGGUCUCAGGAUCGGAUUCUGACAGAAGUCAGAGACGGCUAACUCGGAAAUCUGCGGAUGGCUCCGGCGCAGGUAAGCGAGAUUAUUCUCAAAUCACGCGUCACUCUGACAAUACUAAUCAUAAAAACAUAAAUGCAGAGGACGAUGUUUUUAUCACGGGAGCUCCAGUUUGUAAGUCUAAUAGAGGCUUUGUCUCGGCCCACGGAGAUCCAAAACACGUUGAUUCAUCAAUCUGGCCAAGUGUCACGAAAAUUAGGGAAAUAUUUGGAGAAAGAAAGCAGCACCGGUCGUCUUCAGACGCAGACGACUUAAAAUCUGCAGGCCACCAGCAUCAGCAUUCCUCUAACUCGAGAGAAACCAACUAUCAUUCUGACCGCAGUGAUAGACAGUCACCCUUGCAGCCAAGAGGAGCUUGGCAAGACACCAGCAGCUCUGACCAUGACAUUAGCCUGUCCUCCACAGAGCGGUACAGCGCUGGUCUGAGUAAAAAAGUGGAUAGAUAUAAAAUAGAAUCUGUCUCUGGCACUACAACACAUCCAUACGAGUCUGAGUUUACCAGCGGUCGCAGCUGUCUGAGAAGUGAAGAGUUGCCUGACGUUUGCAAAGUUCAGAGCCCCUGCAGAGGAGGUGAAAACUGGACAGAGAAACUGGACAGUGACCCCAGACCCUCUCCCCCAGCACCACCACCUCGCAGCAGUUCUGUGACUCGCCCUCUGAGGGCCCAACCCUUGGCCUGCACUCAGCAGCAGCUGAAGGAGCAGAGACAGGGGGCAGAUCAGCCACAACCACCGGAUAGUUUACAUUCCUCACAUAGCUCCUUCAGACCACAGACAGCCCCCUCCGUGGCACCGUCCAGCGCGCGGUGGAGACUCAGCUCUGGUGAGGAGGAGUACGACUCAGAGGGGCGCAGCAGCAGCACUGGAGGAGGCAGGAACACUCUCCCGUACGUGCGCAGCAGCGGAGGUAUUGGCACCUACUUCUCUCGCAGCAAGAAUGACUCCCGGGCCAAGCUCGUCGGCAGGUCAUCUGGGAGCGAGGAGGACAGCCCAGCAGCACUAGCCCACAGUCGAGACAACAUUCGACGACGCUCUCUGAGGAAAAAGAAGAAAAGCAGCUGCAGUCGAGACAAUGGCGAAUCAGACGACAGUGAUGACCAGCCAAUGAUGAUGGAUCACUUAGAACGCUAUCAGCAGUCGUUAGACCCCCAGCAAUCGGGCAGGAAGUUCGAUGGAUCAAGAACAAGGCCAAAUUUUGCAGCAUGGGAGCGAGGUGUCGCCUCACCAGGCUCCACCGUCCAGCAAGAGGGCUUCAGGCGGUUCUACAAAGGGGCAGCGGACGGAGCUGCUUCUCCAUCAGGAACUUCUCCCGUCUCGGUGGUGUCACGGGUGUCAAAGGUCAACAUCCCCUCCUUUCUCUCCAGCCCAGGCGGAUCAAGGAGCAGCAGCCGAUACUCUAGCACUGAGACUCUAAAGGAGGAGGACCAGCCCCCCAGUGCCUCCUCUUCUGUCAUGAGUAAAACAUACCGUGGGAAUUUCACCAUGUACAGGUCACCCAGCUUUGGUCACUGUGACAAUUUUUCUCGCGCCCCUGUUCGUGUCAUGCCAAGGGUUGUUCCCAGUUUAAGCCCAGGAGAUGCAGCUGCAGGAGCGCCCGACAAGAAAGCGCUGCAACACUCUCUUAGUGGUGAGAAGGACAGAAAUAGAAUGUCUAUGUCCAAUCCAGACAUUGCCUCCGAGACAUUGUCUCUGCUUAGCUACCUGAAAAAGACAGACUUGUCAGGGCUGAAAGUGGGGAAAAAGAGUCGAGCUGGACCAGGGGCAGGUGUAGAUGGAGUCAGCCCUGGAUUCCAGACAGCCUCAGGUGCCUCCAACGUAUACAGAAUGGGCUCCAGGUCACACGGGCCACACCCUGGGAGGCCAUCUUUAAAAGACCUCACUGCAACACUGAGGCGGGCCAAGUCUUUCACCUACUCAGACAAGACGGCAGGGCGGCACUUCUCACCCAGCAGCCCGGCCUCAAGAAGUUCCUCUGAGCAGCGCCUGGACUGCCAGGGGGAUGGAGAGAGGAUUGUGGUGUCUGACAGGGAGGUGGAAAGUGAUGACUGCACAGGAUAUAGAUAUGAAGAGACUAUGCCCAGCCCUCUCCAUGAUCGUUACGUCCGAGAAGCUCAGCAGGUCAUACAGGACAUUUGUCAGAUGGGUGCCGUUGAAGAUGAUGAUCAUUUUGGCUUUGGAGGUGACGAUUCCAAAAGUAAGGAAACGGUUAAUGUUGAGGGUGAGAAGAAAAAGGAGGAUGGAGUGGUGAAUGAGAGGCACCGUGAAGUUGCACAGAACAAGGCCAUUGAAAGUAGAGGGGAGGAGACCUGCAGUGAGAGUGAGAAGUGUCUACAGAAAGGACAUUCUGAAGAAAACGUCUACUAUGAUAAGUCUGUAGAUGAACUGUCUGGACAUGAGUCCAGUUUGACAGAUGAAGGAAUUGUUACAGAGUCAGAAGCUGCCCCCAGUGGUGCUCCAUCAUCAGGAAAAGACCUCUUGGGUCAGACACUGACUGUGUGGAAUCAGUCUGCACUGUAUAAGGAGGAUCUUCCUGAAAUGACAAAAGAGAAGGUUGCAUCUCCUCCACUGCCCAAUGUAAGAACUGAGUAUGAGGCUGUAGCUAUUGGCAGUGAGACCAGCUGCAUUAAAAAUAUGAACCAGAAUCAGAUGGAAGCGCCAUCAACCCCAAGUGCUAUUCGCAGACGAAGAAAGUUUUCCUCUGCAGGCAACAAUGGCUCAGAUUCUAGUAAUGGCAGCAAUGGAGAAUCCAAUGGGGAGGCGGCCUAUCGCUCCCUCAGCGACCCCAUGCCUCACCGCAGGCGUUCCGUGGUCGAGGAUGGCGGCAACAACUUCUCCGUCGACAGCAACCUGUUGGGGUCCCUCACCUCCAAAGUGGGGAGCGGCAGCCGCCAAGAGUCGUCUGCGGCAGACCUGUCUGAGUGCACGGGAAGUGCAGCCAGUGACCUCUCUGUCUGCAGCGACAGCCUGCGGGACUACAGCACCGUGAUGGAGAGUAUUGUACGCGAACCAGGAGCCAUGGACAAGGUCAUUGACGAGAAGGGCAACGGGAAAGCCGUGAAGAAGAAGAGUUUCAGCGAUCCCAGCAGGCGGGGAGAACCCACCACGCUGCUCGCGGAGAGUCAGACCCACUCGAGUGAACCCAUCUGUGAGCUCGAGCAGCCCAUACCUCCCUCCAGCAGUGAGCCGAUCCUGUCGGAGCAGAGGGACGAGCUGUGGGCACUGGAUGAUAAACAGCAGCGCCCGUCCCGCCAUGGCGGAAGGCACCGGUCCCAGUCAGAACGCGCCUUGCCCUCCCACCUUGACCGUAACGGGGAAGCCAAAACGGACUUCCCCUUUGACCCCAAGCUGGCCGAGGUGCUGUCGCCCCGCUUGAGUCGCCGCAGCUCCAGGAAGCGCAGCAACAGGACGGCCCAGCAGCAGCUCAGCGAGGACUCGGAGCAGCUGGAGGAGCAGCCAGAGGAGCAGGCCGAAGGCGAGGUGGACGACGAGCUCCCCGAGGAGAACCGCGACCCUGCCUCCUCCCUGCCCCAGUUGCCCCUCCCCAAAGCCAGGCCCAAGCAUGUGCGGCAUGCCAGCGAGCCUGCCACCUUCGUGCCCAUCAUCCCCUCAGCUGCCCUUCCCUCCCAGAGACAGCAGGCAGUUGGCAUCAGUGCCCCAGCUCCCUUACGGCCUCCGAAGCAGCCUGCAGGGGAUGAGGCACCGUCCCUGGAGGAUGUGACCAAGCAGUACAUCCUGAACUCAUCUGAGGGGGGCGCAGACGCUCUCCCCGCACCCCCAGUGGGGACUCCGUCAGGGGCAUCUCGGUCCACUCCAGCCACCCCGACCACCACAGAGCCGCAGAGGAAGACCAGCGAGGAGCUGAGCCCUGCACCCCUGAAGGCGAAACCCCGAGUGGACAUGAGAAGACAUGUGGUGAUGACCUUACUGGACACUGAGCAGUCGUAUGUGGAGUCUCUGAGGACACUAAUCCAGGGAUACAUGAGGCCGCUGAAGCAGCCGGAGAACUCUCCGCUGGUGGACCCCUCCCUGGUGGACGAGAUGUUCUUCCAGAUCCCCGAGAUCCUGGACCACCACGAGCAGUUCCUGGAUCAGGUGAUGAGCUGCGUCAACGACUGGCACGACAAGCAGACCGUGGGACAUCUCCUCAUCGCGUCGUUCUCCAAAGAGAUCCUGGCGAAUAUUUACUCUGCUUACAUUGACAACUUUCUGAAUGCCAAAGAUGCUGUGAGGAUCGCCAAGGAGGCCAAACCUGCAUUCCUGAAGUUUCUGGAGCAAAGCAUGCGUGAGAAUAAAGAGAAGCAGGCCCUCGGUGACCUGAUGAUCAAACCUGUCCAGCGCAUCCCUCGCUACGAGCUACUGGUCAAGGACUUGUUGAAGCACACGCCCGAGGACCACCCUGACCACCCGUUCCUGCUGGACGCCCAGAGGAACAUCAAGCGGCUGGCGGAGCGGAUCAACAAGGGCCGGCGCAGCGCGGAGGAGGUGGAGCGGGAGACGCGCGUCAUGCAGGAGAUCGAGGCGCACAUCGAGGGGGUGGAGCAUAUCAUGAACCCGCAGAGGAAGUUCCUGCGUCAGGAGAUGGUGAUGGAGGCGAAAACGGUGGGCGGGAAGAAGGACCGCUCGCUCUUCCUCUUCAGCGACCUGCUCAUCUGCACCACGCUCAAGAGGAAGUCUGGCUCUCUGCGUCGCAGCUCCAUGAGCCUAUAUACAGCGGCCAGCAUUAUCGACACCUCGAGUAAAUAUAAGUUCCUGUGGAAGCUGCCACUGGAGGAUGUGGAGAUGGUGAAAGGUUCUAACCAGGCCACCAACAGAGAGAACAUCCAGAAGACCAUUGGCCGUUUGGAUGAGGACUUAAGCACACUGGGUCAGAUCAGCAAACUAUCAGAGACGCUUAGCUUCCCCCAUCAGAAUCUGGACGACGUGAUUAAGGACCUGAUGGCCUCAGUGCACAGGGAGCUGGCCGAGAAACAGUCUCUGGCCUUCAGCAUGACAUUCCUGCCCACCAAAGUGGAGCUGACCACCGCCUCAGCCGAGAGCACUUUCAUCUUCGAGUUCAGCAGCCCCGAGGCACGCAGCAACUUUGAGCAGGCCUUCGAGGAGGCCAAGAAGAAGCUGGCCAUGAACAAAGACCAGUGGGACCCAGAGUUCCUCAAGGCCAUCCCCAUCAUGAAGACCCGCAGUGGGAUGCAGUUCUCCUGUGCGUCUCCAAGCCACAGCUGCCCUGAGAACACCUACGAGGUGUGGGUGUGCAACAGCGACGGCUACGUGGGACAGGUGUGUCUGCUCAACAUCCGCGACGAGCCCACGGUGGAGGCCUGCAUCGCCGUCUGCUCCGCCCGCAUCAUCUGCAUCGCAGCAGUGCCCGGUCUCAAGGGCAGGGAGCGUGUGGAGUGCCCUCCAGCAGCCCCAGCUCCAGAGUCCCAUGCUGCCCCGGCCGCCCCCUCCACCCAGCAGCAGCAGCUGCACAUCUCCAUCUCCGGCUCCUCCCUGGAGCUCAGCGAGCCUCCGGCCGGCGCCAACCAGGAGCUGGUGCCCUUCGACAGCGACGACACGGACGACGAGGACUCGCCCAGCCCCUCAUCCACCCUGCAGAGCCAGGCCAGCCACUCCACCAUCUCCUCCAGCUUUGGCAACGACGAGGGCGCAGGCUCCAAGGACAUGGCCACAGAGACCACCAGCUCGGAGGAGGAGCCCGAGUUCCCGGUGUCGAGCGCGUUCGGCCCGCCGCGCCUCAGCAGCGACAGCCCCAUGGACGGCCGCGCCAUGCGGCGCUCCAGCCGCGGCUCCUUCACCCGCGCCAGCCUGGAGGACCUGCUCAGCAUCGACCCCGAGGCCUACCAGAGCUCCGUCUGGCUGGGCACCGAGGACGGCUGCAUCCAUGUCUAUCAGUCUUCAGACAACAUUCGCAACCGCAAGAACAGUAUGAAGAUGCAGCACUCGGCGUCCAUUUUGUGCAUCCUGUAUCUUGACAACAAAGUCUUUGUUUCCCUGGCCAACGGUGAGGUGAUCGUCUAUCAGAGAGAAGCAGGAAGUUUCUGGGAUCCUCAGAGUUCCCAGACUCUGUGCUUAGGCACCCCCGGUGGCCCCGUGACCAAAAUGGUUCCUGUGGCGGGCAAGCUGUGGUGCGGCUGCCAGAACCGGGUCCUGAUCAUCAACACCAGCACGCUGGUCCAGGAGCACUCAUUCCAGGUGGGCCAGGACAGUAGCCGGUGUGUGACCAGCAUUGUGAGCUACGGCCAGGGCGUGUGGAUGGCCCUGCAGGGCAGUGCCCAGGUGCGCCUGUACCACGCGUCCACCUACGAGAGCCUCACCGAGGUGGAUGUGGCGCCCGCCGUCCACAAGAUGCUGGCAGGCUCUGACGCCAUCAUCCGUCAGCACAAGGCGGCGUGUCUGCGGAUCACGGCGCUGCUGGCCUGCAAGGACCUGCUGUGGAUCGGCACCAGUGCCGGCGUGGUGCUGACCCUGGCCAUCCCCCCGGUCCUGUCCAGCACCGGCCCCGGCACGCUGCGCGGCCCCCUCCAGCCCAUGGGCUCGGCGCACGGCCACACGGGACACGUCCGCUUCCUCACCUCCAUCGAGCUGCCCGAGGGCUUCGACGUCAAAUUCCCCCCACAGGCAGACACAGGUAACACGGCUCAGAAUUCGGACAGCGGUCUGCAGCGACGAGACUCGGCCCACCGGCGCGCCUCCGCCCUCCUGCCCGUCAAGUCCAACCUGCUGGUCAUCAGCGGCGGGGACGGCUACGAGGACUUCCGGCUGACCAACAGCAGUGAGACGGUGGGGAGGGACGACAGCACCAACCACUUGCUGCUCUGGAGGGUGUGAGCCGCCCCGCCCCACUCCCGAUGGAGCUCCGCCUCCUCCUCAGCGCCAGCCGCUGGACCGCACACUCCCGCCAACCCCACCCCGCCCCGCCCCAAAAACUCCUCCCACUUCCUGUUCCUCUAAAUGUCCUCUGCUCCUACAUCUGGUUCCUCUGUGCAUAGAUGUGUCAGAUAUUGGAGUGGGAAAAACAAAAAGGGUUGCUUCGAACCAGGUCUUCUUUUAUCGUUGUUGUUUUGUUUGGCAUCUCCCUCCGUUUUGGGUUGUUCCUCAAUGGUUUGGGCUGUUUUCGUUUUUUUUCCUGUCGUUUUGUUCCUCUUGGUGUACGAAGUUAAAUCUUGCUCUGCUCGUAACGUUCCACUCCCCAUUGGGCUCCAUGUUGUGUUGGACCUCUUCAGACUUUGACCUUGGGAGCAGGACGAGGACAUCACAACAAGCAUCACAAGAGAGAAAGAGAGGUGGACUGAGAGUAUGUAGGGAAUGUGUGAGGAUCAGAGAAAUUGAAGGAAGAAAGAAAGAAUGAAAGAACGAAAGGAUGAAAGGAAAAAAGGAUGAAAAGGACAGACAAGUCUGUCAGAAGAUGUGAUGAAGGGCCUCCUUGUGUGGACUACAGCACUCUUUCUCACAGCGGAGCAAAGACGCAAGUGGUUAACACUGAGUGCUUAGGCAGGCAUGCAUGGGGCAGACAGGAAGACGGUGCAAAGUGACAGAUGGAUGAUGGGUAAUUUUGUGGGUUGCUGUGGGUGGUUGGAGAGCCGGGGGAAAGGCAUGAUUCAAGCCAUGAAAGAACAUUCGGGCAUUGUGGAGAAGAGAGGAGUGGCUCUUACGCUCCGGGUGGGCCAGGGAAAAAAAAAAAGAAACAAUGACUGAAAGAAAUGGUCAUUUCACCUCAACUGUCAACAGAGUGGUCGAACUACUGGUCAUUUAAGACUGUGAUUUGAGUCUACAGACAUGAAGAUGCCUUUUUUAUUUUAUCUCAAAUUUAAUCUCAAAUGACAAAGAGGAGCGUGAUUUAAAAGUGAUAAAAGAGUUAACACGAAAGAAGUAACCUAUGUGCAAUAUAAGGUGAGGGUACCAGCUUAUGAUAUCACACAAACACACAUUCAUGUAUACAGUACACGUUCACUUUCUGUGAGGGCACAGCCAGUCUUGCCACAGUCACUUGCAGUCACAUCCAACUGUUUUCACAUAAUCACUUUACUUUAUUCAUUUAUCAUACUACUCCUGCAGAAGAAGAAAAUGAAAUAAAAUGAUUCCAUAGAAUGAAAGUAUAGUUUGAGACAAACCGAGAAAAAGAACAUUCCAUAUAGAUAUUGUGUCCGUAAUCUUCAUGUACAGUAUUUAUGUUUUUGAUUUUAGAUUAUCAUUUUACAGCACUUAAUUUAUAAAUGUGUUUUUUUCCUCGUUUUGUGCAUCUGAAGUACGCAAGCACACAAUGGUGACCCAAGUGAGUGGCAACAGUAUGUGUGUUUGUAUGUCAAGGCUCUGCUGACAUAGAUCAAUGGCUGAUUAUCUCUGAUGUGUAAAAAUAACAUCUGUGUGUGAGGAGAGACGGAUGGAGUCAUAUGGAGAAAGAGAGAGAGAGAGAGAAUCAAUUACUCAUUACAGUAGGUGUCAAGAGUGUUAAUGUUGGCCCUGAUAAAAUCAGUAGCUGUUACAUAUGUCCUGAUUGUGGGUUUAUUCUUACAAGAGUGCAUCUGAGGGUGUGUGUGUGUGUGUGUGAGAGAGAGAGAGAGACGGAGAGAGAGAGAGAGGACUUGACUUCUGAUAGACACAUUUAGCACAGAAACAGAUGGUGCAGCCCUCCAGCUUAACUUGUGCACGUGAAGGUUGGGCAGCAUUUAAGAGGUUAAGAGUUUAAGAUCCUGAUCACUUGGCCUCAACGACGCUCCUUUGAUGUCAGUCGCGUAAAGCCGAUUGGCCCUUGAGAGGUGCCGAGCAUAUGACUGCACUGGGCCUGGGCCUCAGACACUGCAGCACUAUACAAGAUGCUUCCUUUGUGGCUUAGACAUAAAGACUUGAGACUGUCUCUCUCUCUCUCUCUCUCUCUCUCUCUGUUGCUACACUGCAUGCACAUUCUCAUACACCUUUAGAGACCUAAUAUUAUCAAGACCAAUGUAUUUAAUCACCACACUCAGACUCCAUUUGAGAGCAGUUUGAUUUGCAGUGAUCGUGAGAUCGUAAUUUGUCAGUGGACGGUGUGUUCUGAAUACAGUGCUGGUGAUGUCUGCUCUCCAUUAGAGGUUCAUGUCAGUGAUGUUAGAGGACAUAAACGUCAACAAAAACAACAUGCAUCAAUGUUUACUUUACUGUCCCCUACAAUGAGGAAAGCCCAGACCUUGGCAUCUCACUGUUCACAAAGCCAAACCCCCUCGAUAUUAAUUCACUCUUUUAGACUUAAGAAAUCAAGAUUCUUAAAAUCUACAACUUGUUGGAUAGAUGUAGUGAUGACCCCAACUGGAUACAUUUAGUGAAUGUAGAAUUCCCCAAUAACACACUGAUAUCCUCUCAAAACUGCAUUAACUUGGCAAAAGGAAUUAAAACCAGAUCUGUUCCACAUAAUUCUGUUUCAAAUACACUCCUUGAUGUAAGUAGCCUUCUACCCUUUUGUGAACAAAGUCCUUAAUGUUUGUUGUAAAUAUUGGUAUAUAUUGCCUUCUUUCUGUAAAUAGUGCUCCCACGGUCCUCAAUUGUUGAUAUGAAGCUAAUGGCAUAUUUUUAUAUACUUGUUUAAGUUUUUUCUUUAUUAUUUUGUUUUGUUUUUCCCUUUGGCACAGCCUGUGUGCCAUCGCCUUUAAGUUAUGACUAUUACAGUAUUUUAAAAAAAGAAGUUGCAAGGCCGGUUAUGUUAAAAGUUGUCAUGGUUAUGUCACUACUCUACCUGUUAUGGUUCUAUUUUGUCACUGUGGGUUCUUUGUAAUUAAACAUUUCACUGGUGCCAGAUAA